GUUACAUGCCGCUAGCUCCUUUUGGCCAAUUGGGCGUCGAGCUGUCUGGCUGUCUUGGACACUGAUUCAACCUGCGGGCGCGUGGACAGUCGCCGCGAGACCGCAGUCCAGCGCGCCUCCGCUCCACGCGCUGCCACAGGCCGUGAGAAGCCAGAGAGCCCAAAUCCAACCAAGAGAGAUACUCCAGCGCGACAGCGGCAAAAGAUGGCCACAGCAGGACCGUCAGUACGUCUGGCCACGGCCCCGCCCCUCAAGAACCUGCCCGCGGCCUUCGACGUCAUUGAAAGACAUGGCGUCGUCCGGCCCGCGGUGAGCGAGGCCCAGCUCCAGAGCUUCGCGCAGACCCUGUCCACGGAGUGCGAGGACCAGACGCCGGAGCCGCCCUCCGCAACCCGCGCGGCGCCGGCGGCGCCCGACGAGCGGGAGGAGGACACGAAUUACCCGCUCAUGGCGGCUUUAUUUAGAGACGACCAGAAGCGCCGCGCGAAGGCCCGCUCAGCGCGCGACGAAUGGAACAAGGCCGUCGAAGCGAGAAGACGAGAGUGGGAGCGCUGGCUGCGCGACGUCUACGCGUCGGGCCCCUGCGUGCGUUCAGAUGCUUUUGCCGCGUUUUUACUAAGGGAGACGGCCGCGGACGCGACGAAGUCGGCCAUCGUCGCCGCGCGGAAAAGACGGCUCUUGGCUGAGGCGGACGCGCUCACGGCGCAGAAGACGCGCGACGAGCUGGAACGUAAACUGCGAGCGCGGGAAGCCGAGGUCGCCGGCGCGACGGGCGGCCUCGAGGUCAAGGCCUCGCGCUGCGAGCAGGCGCUAUCAGCUUUGAUCGCGCGGCGCGACGCUCUAGCUUCCUUCGCCAAGGCGCGUGAUGCCGCGGCAAGCUCCCGUAGCGAAGCCCAGGCGUCGCAAGAGGCGACGCGGGAAAGAUUACGCGGAGAGUUGGAGGCUGCCGAGGCCGCGGAGUUAAUCGCAGCGCAGGAACUUCGAAAGUCCGUCGAGGCGGAAGCCGCCGACGCCGCGGCGUCGAACGCGCAGCAAGCGAUGCGGGAGCGCGUCGCCGACCAGCGGGCCGCCGAGGACCGCGUCGCCGACGACCGGCUGCGCUUCCUCCAGGAGACGGCUAGACGACGCAAGCGCGCCGUCGCGGCGCGCCACGCCGACGCGCGCGCGGCCACGGACGAGGCCGGCAUCGCGGACGCUGCAUUAAGGAGCCUCGAAGAGGAGGUGCUUCCUCACGAUCGGCGGGGCGUCGAGCGGGCCGUGGAACAGCGGAAAGCCGCCGAGCGGGCUCUCGCGGAUCAUAGACGAGCCGCGGCGGCGUCCUUACAUGGAUUGGAGGCCGAAAGCGACUGGAGAAGGGACGAGUCCGAGGCGGUCUCGGCGCUCGGGCCGCUCCUCGCGGCGCCGAACCCCUUCGGCGAUGAUGGAGAUACGCCGCCGCCGCCGCCCUCGGAGCACGACGCGCUGGCCUCGAAGGCGCGGCAGGCCGUCGCCGAGGUCGACGACCUGCUCGCGGCGGCGCGCCUCGAGACCAAAGAUGUUUCUGGUAGACUCGAGGCGGCGUUGCGGGCGGCUAGUCAAGAGGAGGCAGCUUUGCGGCGCGUCCUCGACUCGUCGCUCACGCGGCGGGACGGUCUACGAAGAGCGGCGCGCGACGCGCGCCGCGAGGCGACGGGGUGCAUAGCGGCGCACGAGGCGGCCUUCGCGGACUCGGCCGUCGCGGCGGCGGAGGAGGCCGACGCGCGCGCGGCUAGGGCGGCCGCCGCGGCGGCGCUGGCGGACGCCGACGCCGCCGCCGAGGCCAAGCCGCCGCGGUUCCGGCGCCGCGAGAGCAUGGGCGACGAGAGCGCGCAUCAAAGGAGGGAGGAGACGUGCGAGCGGUUGCGGGACGCGCUGGCCGCAUCGGGCGCGGGUGGCUCCGUGGAGGGCGUGCUCGUGGACGACGAGGCGCCGGAAGCGGCGUCGGCCGUCGCGCGCGCCGAGCUGGGACGGGUCGAGGCCGUCAUCGUCGUGCACUCGCGGGAGCGCGACGACCUGCGCGGCGAGGUCGCGAAGCUCCAGCAGGCCUGGGAGGCGGAGUCGGCGGGUUUGCGCGCCAGUCUGCGGGGCGCCGAGGCGCAGGUCAAGUCGCACGCGGACGACGCGCGGGCGGCGGCGGCGACGCACGACGCGCUGCUCGGGUCUGGUUCGUCCGGGAGUGUGAGUUCUCCGCCGUAA